UGAAGAAUUGCUGGGAAAACUUGCAGUAGUUGAUACAAAUUGUGCUACAAAGAGAAAUAGUAUAGUACAUUGAGAGAUUACAAUAACUGUAAACAUCAGCGCUUGCAUGAUUGGGCGCAGUUUAGAAAAUAGUGUAGACAAUAGCAGAACAGCAACUGAUUAGGCGGCCAGUUUAAAUUCCAUCACCUGAGGAAGAGUGCCAGUAGAAAGGAAGAUGUGGAGCAGAUGUUGAGAACAAGUGGAGAUGCUGAAACAGGUCGAUAAAUAAUUCCUGUUAUUUGAAUCAUGAUGGACUUCGGCUAGUUCUGAAAAAUGGGUGUCAUAUGAUAUGAAUAAGAAAGAAUCCAUCUGUAAAAAAUGGCAGAAACUGUUUCAGAAGCAGUUAAAAUUUCCAAACUCCUUGGUCUGAACUCGGAAAAUGAUUACACCAAGUAUGAGAACGUUAAACUGGCGGCUCAGAAAAGAAGACUGGCCGCAGAAAGUAACAAAACAAAGUCCCAUAAAAUUUUGGUCACCCCUGUUAGAGCUUAUCCAAUCAUAAGCCACUCGACACCUAACCAACAUCGUGACCUAUUGCAGAGUAGCUCUAGAAAAGCCUCAGAUCAUGAUCACACUGACUUGGUUAAUGCUCGGAGGUGUAAAAGUGAAACAAAAGAGAUAAGGACAUCUCAUAGACAUAAGACAAGUGAACGCCAUGUGGAGAAUGAUAACAUUAAGAGAGGUGAAUCUGCUAUAGACUUUAGACUAGAUAGAGUCAAAGAAAAAAUACUACAAAGAGAUCCACCCAAUGUUGGUGAUGUAGGUGAACUGAAUGGAAAGAGAAAGGAAGUGAAUCAAUCUCCUAAAGCAACAAGAAGUGAAAAAAGUAGAAUAUUGGUCAGAAGAGAAUCACCGAGUGUAGCAAAAAGUGGUAGAAUAGAAACUAACAAUGAAAAUGCCUUAACAAAUGGGGAUGUUCAUAGCACAAAAGAAACGCGGAGUUCUGUGAAGCGUGGUGUAUCACCAAGCUCACAUGAACCAGGGGAAGAUGCGAAACAUCACAGAAGACAGUCACCUGUAAUAGAUAAAAUCAAUGCGCAGAAAUUGUUGAAAAAGUCAAAUUCAGAACACAAAUUUGUAAGGAAACGUAAAGAUGAGUCUAGUGAAAGAAAAACUUCGCCAAAAAAUAAACCAAUGGAAGUAAGAAGACGAUUAGAUUUUGAAAAAGAUGAAACUGCAGAUGAACUAGGACCUCUUUCUAGGGAACUAGAUUUUACAGACAAAAUAGCGGCUCUAAGGUCUUUGAUGAACAGAGGAAAUGGAGAUGGAGAUUUUAAAGAUAUUUCUGACAGAAAGGCUUACUACAAUGAAUAUCGUUCAGGACAUAGGAAGGUUAUGGUUGGUCGAGCUGACUUAAGGAAUCAUGUUGAUAAACAUGAUGAAAAUGUGCUUAUUGAUGGUCAGUUAGAUAUAAAUUUCAUUAAAGGUCACUUAAAAAGUCAAAGGCUAAGACAGGUUCAUAGUGCAGAUAUUUUUAGCAAUGACUUAAAAAACAUUGAUGGUAGAUUAUCGGCUGUUGAGUUACAGCUACUAAAAGACAGGCUUGAACUUAGACAUGAAAAUGGAAAGGACACUGAGACUGAACAAUCUAGAGAUGCAAAAAUAGAUACAGAAGAUGACUUGUUUCAUGCUGGCAGUGGAAGAAAAAUAUUAAGCAGUUCAAAGAAACCUCGUAGAAAAUCAGAACACAAAAUGGAGACCGGGGAAACAGACAAUAGAGAAAGCAGGCCUAGUUCCAGGCUUGACUCGAAAGAAACUCAGGCAAAACUGUUGAAUAGUUCUAUACGGAGUGUACAAAGUAAUGUGCCUUUUUUUGAAGCCCUAGGUCGACCUAUGAGUGCUCCUCUUUUCAAUUGUGAAAUUGCUGUAGGUAAAAGGAAUGUUUACAAACAGAGGAGUGAGCAGUUUGAAGGUAUUGAAAAGGGAAUUCAUGUUAAUAAUGUUGAAACAUCACCUGGUGCUGAGGAAAGACAAACUAAUGUUAAUAACUUUAUGGGAACAAGUGUCACACCAGAAAAACAGAAACAUAGACCUAAAAUUAUUUCCAGAAGUAGGGAUUUAAAAGCUGAAAACAAUAAAAUCCAGCAAGUGCUAGAUAACGAUGCAUUAAAGCGUGACUCUGGAAACCAUAGACCCAGCUCAAGGAAUAGUCAGGUGGCUCUUGAUGAUGAAAUCAAAGGAAUUACUGGUCAAUCUAACAAGCUACGAUCUUGUAGACACAGUAAAAGAAGUGCUAGUACAGUUAAUGGUGUUGAUGUAGAUAAACACAACACUGAGAGAGAAAUCAGUAAGAGUGAAAAGAAGGUUAGAGAAUGGAUUAAAAAGCAGGAAAUGUUGACUAAAGGUAGACCGGCAAGUGCUUUUGAUUUUAACUCUGGGCCUGUUAUGAUGGAAGAGCUGAAUAUUAGUAUAAGUAUACCAACAGAUCCUAAGGCGGAAAUGAAACAUAGUCCGUCUGACAGCUGUGAUAGAAUUCCUGUUAAACUGGAGAAAAAGAAGAAUGAAAGGACUCAUACCCUCGGGCAGCCGACUACUGCCAUUGGAUUUUUAGCACCGAAGGAUGUGAGUUUAGGGCCUCUUUCAAAUCGUCAGGCAAUAUUUGAUAGACUAGAACGGAUCACUAUGGCUGUGACAACCCAGCAGCAUCAGUUUGAAGUUGAUAUACCAGUCGGUGAGGGAAAGGGUCGCACCAGUACACCCAUGCAAGCUUUGUCUGGGCGGGUUACCCCAAGGCGAGGGAAAACUAGCCGUAAAGUAGAGAAUUCCGACAGUGCCGAUACAGAGUCAUCUGUGUUCAGUCUUCCAUUCUCGAUUGAUUCAGGAGAUUCCAUUUCAUCAACUGUCCAGGCUGUCAAGUUGCUACGGAAACUCUACAAUGUUGACACGGAAACUAGACAAAAUCUCGUCCUUAUGGCAAAGUGUUUCCGUCGUUGGUUCAACAAUGUUCUCCAUGCCCUGGCCAGAAACCAACAGAUUGAGAAUGCAGCCAACCGUGUCAGUCCCAUCAGCUAUGGUGUCAUGCUUAGAAAAAGUGACACCUGUUACAGAGACUCACUUCUCAGCCAGUGUUUUGCCAAAUGGAGGACAGCGCAGAAGCACUCAUGCUUACACAAACGGGUGGCGGAGCUACGCCGAAGACACAUGCUCAAGAAAGGAAUGAAUGCUUUCCGGUGGGCAAUUAACCGCUCAAAGCUCCAACAGGGGAUCCUACAGGAUCGGAUCAAUGUCAUGCUUGUUCAAUCAACCUUUGUUAAGUGGCGAGAUCGGGCUCUAGAGAACCGUCGAUUGAGACUACAGCAGGCUUUCCUACGCUGGAGACAAUUCACCAAGGAGGCACAGAACAGGAGAAACAAGAAUUACAUGACCAUAUCGGAGCUUGAAGACUUACCAAUCACACCGAUACAGAGGAUACGAAUGCUGCGAAACCAGACAAACAUGAAGCUGAAGGGCCGAAUGUUCCAGGACUGGUGGGAAAACUACCAAACACGUCUAAAGGAGCAUAGGGCUGACCGACAUCAUAGACUUGUAGUUCUCUCCCAGGGCUGGUUUGGGUGGCGAUGUUACACCAUCACUUCUGUGGAGAAAAAGACCAGGGAUGCCCUCGGACAAGAGCUGUUCAGGAUGACUCUUCAGAGGAAGAUGUUCACAUGUAUGAAGGCGGAGUUUGCCAAGUUUUCCAUAGCCCAGUCCUUUAAUAGGGGUAGUCAGCUAAGGUUUGCUAUGCGGGCAUGGCGAGAGGGAGCCCAGGUUAGCCAUACGGAGCGGCAGAAUGACCUUCUGGUCGCUGAAGCCCACUGGGAAAGGUCAACACUCAGGGCUCACUUUUCGGCCUGGAGGGAUGGGCUCCUCACAAACAGGGCUUGUGCGCUGUAUAACAACAACAUGCUAAGGGAUGCGUUCAUUCUGUGGCGUGAGAGAUACACAGAUCUUGUCCAUCGCAGAGAGGAAGUGGAUACAUACCGUCGACACAGGGUCAUGGCACACACUUUCCAGCACUGGUUCGAGUUUGUUCUUGUGAUGAAGAAGCGUCGGGCUGCUGCGGUGGAGUGCAUCCACUCUGUGUUACAGAGACACGUGUUUGAUCUGUGGCGAUGGUACACCGGAUAUCAGAAGAGGCUACGAAAGCGCCUCCUGCUGCAUGUACGCAAGACAAGCCUUGACACAGAGCGACGAUACCUUAACAUCUGGAGGUCAAAGUUCAGGGUUAGAUGUGACGAGAAGAAAGCACAGCAGCUCUGGUCAAAUGCCUGUGCCAGGAAAGCUGCAGACAUUUGGCGGGACUUGUGCCACAGACGCAAUCUUGCCAGGUUGCUUAUUGACUCCGAACCGGACAGACAGCUCCAAACUCUAGCUGUGUAUUUCGGCAAGUGGCGUGUUCGGUAUGGCCUCAUUGAAGAUGAGAAGCGUGAAGCAUUAGAAGUGCGUGCCAGACUGGACCUGUCCCAGUUGAGGAUAAGGUUUGACACAUGGCGGGGCCUCACAAGACAACUGGUGCUCAUCAAACCCAUGGUGCUACGCUACAGGCAAAGGCUUGUCACUGAUUGUUUCACUGGCUGGCGACAAUACGUUGUACACAAGGCCGAAUGUCUCAAGAGUCAAGAACAAGUCACCACUGUGCUGCUUAGGAACAAAUUCACGGCUUGGAGACGCCAAUAUGAGGCUCAUCAGGUUGAGAAGAGGGUGAGGCAGACGUGUGAACAAAGACAGAUGAGCCGAUGUCUGCACGCCUGGCAUCAUGUGAUCCGCCGUAAACAUCAGGUGAAACACUUUCAUGACACAAACCUGGUCAGGAGAAAGUUUACUUACUGGAGCACGCUUGCCCGCAGACAAGUCAGGGAGAAACAAAUGCAGAAAAUGGAAAGGGAGACAGUUAUGUCCCUACUGCGUGAGUAUUUCUCCCGCUGGCGUGAGUUUGUGUAUAAGCAGCAAGGGAGAGAACUGGAGGUUACAUCACACCUUGAGGGCACAGUGAGGUUAAACAUGGUCAGAAUGUCAUUUACUUUCUGGAGAAGACACUUCAGGGCUACUUUGGUUGCUAGAGAGAAUGAGAAGUUGAGAGUGCGCCGCCUGGCCAAACAUGCCCUACAAGCCUGGCACCAGCAUUCCAAGGAUUCCCUACAGGAAGCUGUGGAAAGAUUUGCGGCUGCCAUUGGUCUACUUAAGGAGGAGAGUAGUCAAGGGGAGAUGAUUGAUGCUGAAGGCAAGGGAGACAAUUAUGAAGAUGACUUUGAGAAUGGACUUGAUGACCUCGAUCUUGCAUUGACCCCGAGGUCGGUGGGUUCAUACCCGACCACUCCUCGAACCCCCAGGACCCCUGUUACACCAAAACACAGUUCUUCCAUACACACACCACUCAGGAAACUGUGUUCUCCUUCACUAAGCAAACUCAGUCUGGCUCAGUCCCUAGAGUUUGAGGCAGGCAGUAUCAUCAGUUCUAGCUUCCUGGACGCCCGGUUUGAGAUGGAACAGGCUGUCAAAACAGAGAGCAGGAGGGAAAUCGUUGUCACUGUUGUUCACCGACUACGCCAUUGGCCAGUGGCCAUCAUGUUCGACCAAUGGCGCGAGUUUACUUCUCGACAACGCGAGUUCAAGCACCUGACAACACAGAUGACCAGUGUGCAAGAGAAGCUUGCAGUGAAGCAGUAUUUUGGUUCCUGGCUUCACUCAUUUAGAGAAAUGAGACUUGCCAAGCAACAUUAUGACCAAGUUCUACAACACAAGGCCCUGCUGAGCCUGAUUCUGUACAGAAACUCGCGGAAACAGAAGAAAUCCCGCAACCAGAUAGCUAAGGCCCACUUUGCCAUUAAAGUCUUCUCAAAAGUCUUCCCCUUGUGGCAGACCAAGGCACAAGAAAAACAGCAAUCAGAGAGGAUAGUGCACUUGUGGACGAACAUUACGGACGAGGAACGUCAACUGAUACCACGGGAGCGGUCCUUCCGGUACAAGCAGAACAGGAAAACUCUACAGGAGUGUUUUGGGCAGUGGUCAAGGCAGUACAGGAAGGUGGAGAAACUGAAGAAACUAUACCAUAGGAUCAUCCUUGAAAGGUAUUUUGGAGCAUGGUGCAACUGGGCUCUGGAGAGACAUGAGCGGGCCGUGAAAUGUCAGACAUUCUGUGACAACAGGAUACAGAAAUUGGUGUUCAAGACCUGGUGUACUCGAUACCGUCAGCAGACAGAGAUAGAGCAGCGUUACCAUGACACCUGGCAUAACUACCUGGGAAUCAUCUUUAACACCUGGCGACAAUGGGCUAAAGAUGAGAAGCGCUGCAAGCUGGUCUCGACCCAUAUUGUAGCCACAAGAAGCACAAGGACAGUUAACAGGCUGUUUCUCACUUGGAAAACUGAACACCAGAAACUACAGAGGGCCCAGCGCUGGCAUCAGACUCAACUUCUCACCAAGGUGGUGUAUUCCUGGCGUUGUGUGGCGGUGUGGCAGAAGGACCUGAGACAGAGGCAGCUCCAGUGUCAGCUCAUGUCCUACACAUGCUUGGCAAAAAGAGCAUUGCAUCAAUGGGUCGGGUGUUACCGUGAGCGCCAGUCCCAGCACGCUCGCCAUGCCCAUGAGGUCAACCAGAGGGUGCUGCGUAUUGCCACACACUGGAGGCAGCAAGCGCAGACCAGCAGGGGUGAACAACUGGUACAGACAUUCCAGAGGCAGGAGAUGAGUCGAUUGUUCACCAAAUGGAAGGCUGCCCAUGCCAGAAAUGUGGAGAGAGAUCGACAACUACAGCUCCAUCUGGCUUCAAAACACCAGGUGUUGAUGUCCCGCUGUCUGGACCAGUGGAGGUCGGAGCUAAUGUGUUUGCAAGCAGGGAGAGUGUUCAACAUGAAGCUAAUCACAUCGCUCCUAUCUGCAUGGAAAUCAACUGCCAGAGGAAUCAGGGAAAGACGACAAAGCCUGAUGGCUUAUCAGGAGAAGAAGGAUCAGCAAGUACAGAAGGUGUACUAUCUGUACUGGUUCAAUGUGGCCAAGGCAAGGAAGUCUAUACGUGGGCAUGCAAACCUCAAAAUACAACUGAAUGUGUUCAAGGCAUGGCUGCUGUACACUCGCAAACAGAUCAAUCUGCGAAGACUAGAGGUGACCUUCACAAGGAAACGCAACAAGCGUAUUCUUGAGAAAUACUGGUACCUUGUCAAGACAAGAUUUGACUACUGUGUGGAGCUGGGAGACAUGGCAAACAGGGUUAUUCACGAGAAAAAUAUGGUGCUAAUGAAACAGGCCCUUAGCCAUUGGGAUUUCAGACUUAAGAUUGUGAUAGCGGAUGAGUGCCAUGAACACAUUCUUGCCAAGCGGACAGCAACGCGUUGGCACCAGUUUGUGUGCCGACGCCGACAGGAGCGUCAACACAUGGCCCAACAGAUGGAGAGGGCAAGCAACUUCUACAACAAACAACUGUGCAAUAAGGUACAUCGUAGCUGGUUCAAUGAAGUGUUGGCCACCAGACAUGCAGCCAAGAGACGACAGAAGAUCUGUGCCAAGCAUGCUCGCAUCUGGAAACACAGGGUGGAUCUCGCAUACACUGCGAAAUGCCUGUAUCGUGAGAAACUCAUGACGGAGGCGUGGCGACGCUGGCAUCUUGAAUUUGCCCGUUAUAAAGCCAUCAGAAAAGUGGAAGCCUUUGAGAAGAGGCAGCAACUUUCAAUGGUGUUUGUGUCAUGGAAGAACCUGAUCAGAAAGCGUCAGCGCAAGAUUUCCAUGAUACCUCUACCAGUCUCUCCCGCGGGAAACAUGCCCUCUGUGGGAACCAGCAUUUCAUCUGCGGGAACCAGUGCUUGCUCAACUCCAACGGAUGAGCUAUUCCAGAGCUCCAUACCCACCUCACCCGUUUUCAUGAACCAGCCAAGUCAGAUACCCACACCAAAAUCUGCUCGCGGCUCCAAACCUACAAGGCUUCAUUCACUGAGCGCAAGAAAUUCACCAAAUGGCUCCACUGAGAACAUCAAACUUUCAACGACGAAUACCGGGCGGAGGGGUUCUAUAUAUUAAGCUAAUGGAUCAAAUUUUCCUAUACAGUCAAACUUUCUACAAUGAAUAUGUGAUAGAGUCUUUGAUUAUACUGACCCGAUACUCAAGUUUUGGUAAACAAGACAAUAUUUCUAAAAUAGAAAAUGUUCCUGAAAAUUGCAUAUUUAGUAGGAAAAUGAUCUGCAUGUUGUAACGAUAAGUGCAUAGUGUUUAACAACCAAGUGCUACAGGUUAGUUCUCAGGGUCUACUAUGUAUGCUGAGGGAUGGUUAUGCCAAAGAUAAAGUCUUAAUAUUUUAUUUAGAUGAAUUUUGUUUAGACAUAACAAACAAUUAGGUUGUUUCCGGAUUCCUGAUAUACCCUUUUAUUUGUAUCCAGUCCUAUUGUAUUUUUAUUGCCAUGAACAAUACUUUCUAACUCCCGUCCUUUCUGGUAUUUUUUUUCUGUAGCAUUUUGAACCUGCAUGCUUAAAUGUAAUGUUUUUAUUGAGUCUUCAUUCAAAAACAUCGACCCAGUCAACGGUCAAUGGGGUGGGGUGGGGGUAUAAAUGUAUAAAGUAAUAAGAAUCAAAUUUCUACUGACUUUUUACAUACGGCAGAUUUCACAAAAAAGGCAAUUAUUUGGCCCAUUUGCUUUCAUUUAUUGUUAUUGCAUGUCAACGUCAUAUAUACAGCAAUUGCCUUUCCCAACCCAAUAAGAACACCUAAUAGAAGUGAUUUGUAUUAAAAUAAUGAAAAUAUUGUGUUAAAUAAGGUAAAAAAAUGUAAAAAUAUGCCGAUAUUUAGGACAAAAAAGACAGAAAAUCUUCCCGGUACCAAUAUACCACUUUUUUGAGGAUGCUUUUCAGUAACAUCUGGUAAGUAUUUUAUUCUUGUCUGUUGAAUAAUGUUUGCAAGAAAUGUUAAUUAAAACAAUAAUAUAUCUAAAAUGAUUGCAUUUCGUUCGUAAUAUACUUAAAUUUUCGGUAAUUGCGCAUGGUGAUAACGUUACGGUAAUCUGUCCUCGAAUUGUUGUGUAACAUUAGCAGACAUGAUCCACUGCUAACUGUUUUAAGCCUAAACACACCUUUAUUAAAUCACUGAAAACAAAGACUACGUGUCGGAUAAAAACAGUAUUGCAUGUAACAAGAAAUAGGUCAUUCCCGAUCAUAAAGUUUUUUAGGUCUAAAAAUGUGUUAAUGUUACUCAAAAUCGAUUCUGUCCCAUUUUAGCAUGACGAUAGCACCUUUUCUAUUCGUGAAUAAUUUACACCGACUGAGGGUUAACAUCCGGGUAGCGAUUACUUUUAUAUUGGACUGGUUCACAGUUGACAUUGAAAUGAUAAAAAUAGUGGUGAAUACCGUUGAUAAAAACUUAAUCCAAGUUUGGCUCAUUCUGUCCUUCGAUGUAACGUUAACAUUAUGUCACGCUAGCAUUAAGACAAGCGCUUUAUUAAGCAAGAAAAUCGUUGAAAUUUGAUGACUUUCCCAGAGUCAAUUAUUCGAACAUAACAAUGUCGUCUGUAAACUAUCGUUUGUAAGUAUUCAUUCAUUAGGUACGUAGUUUAUAUUGAAUUCAUACCGCUUUUGUGUUUGAUAUCGUUAUUUAUUGGACAGAAUUAAGAAUUUUUGUGAUUAUCAAUUGACCGUGUUUAUCAAUCAUUUAUAUAGUUUGUUUUAUACUGUAUCAAGCUCAAACAGUCUGUGGUAGGUCUGUAUUUUAAUUUGUUGUGAAACAUUCUGUCCAACUGCUAAUGUGACAUACUGCUAAUGUUACUCAUUUUGUUUUGUGGUAACACUAGCACAUACUGCAAUUAGCAAUUUAUUAUAUAUAUGUUUAAUAUCAAAGGUAAUGAUAAUUGCACCAUACUAGAGACAUUUAUAUUACCACAACAAAACAUUUAUGUUUAUAGCUUAUCUGAUCUGAUAUAAAAAGAAAACCUAUGUUUGCAGAAAGCAUUUUCUGUCUUGUUGUCCAAUUAGGGUUUGUUUCAAUAAAUUUAUUUGAGAAAAACGAAACAAUCUUUAUUUUUUGUCUGUACAAUCUGUUUUAUAGAUAAAUGAACCAUUUAGUGCAAGACAAAAUACUUCUUUGGAUCAAAAUAUUAAAAAAAAACAAGUUUUUACCGGCAAUAUUGUAACACUAGCACAAAUGGUAUGGUGAUACAAAAUUCUUUUUUUUAUAAAAAUGCAUGAAUAAAUCAUUGCAAAUGUUCUAAAAUAUGAUAGAUAAGAAAUUGCUGUAAAAGAUUAUGUUGAAAUCACAAAUCUGCAAUAAAUUUUAAAAAUCAAUAUUCACCGGGAACUUUUUGGUCACCAAAACGUGAAAUCUGCCAUACAUUGCAUGCAAAUAAAAAUAUUUUUGAAAAUGUAUUUUUAGCACAGCAUAUUGAUUUUACUUUGAGCACCAAUUUUGAUGUUGAUAUAUAAAUCACUUUAAUUUAUUAAAGCAUUGUAGCUUUGGAUCAAGUUGAUAUUUUUGUUGUUUUGGGCAAGCUAUGCCUGCGUUGUUUUGAUAUUUUCACUGUUUGGUUUGCUAGUCAUAGUUAAGUGUACAUAAGGUGUUAUUUAUUUUUUCCCAAGAAGAGAGAAAAAAGUUGUAUAAUAUACUAUUCUUGAUAUGUUCUGGCCUGAAAGGCCAUUGUUUUUCUAAAACUGAACUGGACAGAUUAUUUUAUUUGCUGUGGUUUCUGAUGUAACAGGAAAAUGGUUGCUAAGUGCCAUUGAUUUGAGAGUACUACUAUAAAAUGCUUUAAAUCCAUUGGGUAUUUUUUCCCCAACUUCAUUCUUAGACAACUUUACAUGAGGUUUAGUAUUCACAACAUGAUAGAAAAUGUAAAAAAACUGUACUUCAAAAAUUAUAAAUUAAUUAUGGUAAACAAUGCUUGAAUUCAUUAUGCUAAAUAAACUUGAAACUGCAGCUUCAAAUGGAAUGUUUAUGAUUGUUCAGUUGUCAAGAAGUUUUUCCAUGGAAAGUACAUUGUUAGUCAUAUAUAUCUACUGGCUGUUUUAUAUUUUUGCAUUUUAGUUAUAGUUGCUGUAUGAUGUUGAUAUUUUAUUCAAAGAGUAUUAAAGAACUGUGAUAGUUUUAUAUUGCUAAUGCCAAAUAAACCAUUUUUAAUGCUU